AUGGGUGAACUGGAGGCGCAGAUGAACUCUCCAUUGGACUUUCACGGACAAAAAGUAGUCAUUCGUAUUGCGGAGCAACCUUGGUUCAAUGAUAAUAACUCUGAGGACCACAAUACCGAGGAUCACAUGCCCAUGCAACGGGUCCUUUGGGAGUUCCUCGAGCGGCUCGAGGUAUGGGAACCUACGAUGCGGCCGAUGGAGGUCAGCGUGGUGCAAACACUUGCUACUGGCACUCCCGAACUUCUCGACCAGGACGAAAAAGAGAACGGAGCUGCUGGCCCGGAGAACGAAGGGCAAAGGAGGGUUCUUGUGCUUCUCGCGUACUGUUCUACUGGCGGCAGGAAAUUCUACAACGUCAUCUUAAAACGACCUGGAUCUUUCCGCGCCCUGAAAACUGAGCUUGAAUCCCACCCUAAAGGUUACUUCACCAUCAUUCAUUUAGACAUGCUGCUUGUCCACAAGCGCCCUCGAAAGUCUGAGCCCGGAACUCGUAGAAUCUACUUCCAAUUCGUCAACCAAAACAAGUCUGAAGUGAUAGAGGGGGACCUGAAAGCGGCCAUUAAAGUUGCCGCACUGCUUCUGCUUCAUGGUGUUCAGGAUGUUGUCAUUGCUCCCUGUCCACAUGCCAGGUCCGCCAUCGAGACGGCAGCUACAGUACUUUUGAGCAGUGGCAUACGUACCGUGGUUGCUUUGGCCUAUCACAUCACUGAAAUUGAUGCCGGGGUAUUCAUAAGAUCACUCUACACUGGGUACAUUCAUGAGAAGCUCCCACUGGAGGAAGCGGCUCGAGCAGCUCGACGACACUUGAGGGGAAUCGAAGGCGAUGAGAAGCCAAUUUGCGAUUUUGUGGCGUUGACAAUCCAUACUUUUGCCUGGAAAGCCGCUGCCGCUAUUGAUCUAUGGAAUGGCUGGCAUUGGAAAGACGGCUCUGUUGGAUCAUUUAUGUACAUGGUGAAAGGCUUCGGUCCGAGCGAAUCUUUCAACAAGGAUGACAUGCUACAACAGCUGCAACACCGCUUUGUUCCGAACUCUACUCUAGACUCGGAUGAUACAAGCUCAUUUUAUGAGUAUUUCGAGAGUCAUAAAUGUCUGAUCGUGAUUGACGACCUCGACUCAGCGAACUUCAACCGACAACAAGGCCAGUUCAUGGAUCUGACCUCCAAGCUAUCCAAGUCUGGUGCGCUUGUCAUUCUUGCUUCGCGCAAGCGAGAGCGAUGGCUGACGACUCUGUUGGUGAUGGAUCCCGAAUUCAGGGACCGCGUCACUGAUAAUGACGAGCCUUCAUCUCCUGAGACAACGGCAAAGAACAAAGCACAAGAAUAG